CGUUUCUAAUUCUCUCUCUUAUCUCUUCAGGCCUCAACGGCGUACACUGCUCGCACAAUUGUCAACGAUCCAGCUGCGCUGGCUCUGACUUCUCCUAAUAGCCACCAACGCCAGCGGAAGAGGCACCGCACCACACACGCACAUACACAUACACACUCACACUCUCUUACACGCCAAUCCUCGCCGUCACACUCCUGCAGCCAUCAUUGACCUGCAGCAUACUGACUAUUUUCGACCUCUCAGCAUACCCGAAAUAGUUGCACAGCUCCAUCCUCGCCCCAACUGCGUUCGUUGGUCGCUGUGUGAAACCGACGGCUCUUCCACAUCUUUUUUCCCCGUUACGCGCUGGGGCCGGAGAAUGUUAAACUGCCGUACCUCUCCACCACCUCCCAACGAUCCCCGAACCCUGAGCACGCCGUACUCCCUCGGCCAAGAGCAUGCCUGAUUACGGUUCAUCCACUGGAGAUGCGCGCGACGACACGAGACCGGUAACUCCCACCGACUUCCCCAAACCACGCAACGGCAAGAGCGGCUUGCGCGCCCUCAACACCCGCCUCACCCAGCAGGAAACUUUCUACGACGACCCCACCCCGGUGGACAACCGACUGGACAACAUGGCACAUGAUCAAUUGAGGGACUCGCACGACCUGUCAUUGCACGACAGCGUCCGGAACUCCAUCGUUGAUAACAUGCUGCUCUCCCUGGACCAGUUUGGCACGGCCGGUCCGGCAAUCUCCAACCCAGCUGCACUUUAUUCCAACUUCGACGACGACGACUUCUUCCUAAACAAGAACCCAUACCCACCGCCGAAGCCGACCCGCCAUCGAGGCCAGACCUAUGCAUCCUCCCAAUCCUCCGAUUAUGACACCCACGUCGAUGACACAGCCUCGCGGUACUCGAACCACCACCGCACGCGGAGGAGCAAUAGCAGCAACAACAUUCCAGCCGCGAUGAGCCGCAAGAGUAGCAUGAGGGGAUACCCCAGCCUGCGGGAGAAGCAGACGACUGGCUCAUUCGCGGACUACCAGCAGGCCGGACACUCGAGGGGCAAUGCCAAGAAAGGAAGCAAAGGUAGCAAUUCCUCGAGUAUGGACUUUGGACAUGGCGGAUUUCUAGGUGCGCACCGGCUUGGCUUUGGACGACGUUCAGCCAGCUUCGACCACGGCAGCCUCGUCGACCGUUCAGGAGGUCCGUCAACCAAGGGCGAUUCCCUGCUGGAGAGGACGAGGUCUGCCUACCAAAACUACGACUAUGAUGCCGCUCCGGAGCCUACCAUUCCCGCUGGCCCAAGGAGGAUCCAGGAACAACCCCCUCAAUCGCCCAUUGCGUAUCCCCCUCAGCCUUCAUACGCGCCACCACAAGCUCCAGUCGUUCGCCGGAAAGCUAGCGUUCGAUCCACAGCUACAAACAAGACUCUCCGGAAGAACAAGAGCCAGCCGGAGCCAAACAUGAGGCUCCAAGCGCAAGAAUUUGUGAACGCAAGCACCCUGCGUGAUCUGCCACCCGUCCCUUCAUAUCAAGAUCCUCCCGCUCCAUCUCCCACGGUGGCGACACGGAAACAGCCUUUCCAGAACUACAUGCAGUCUCAGGCCCAGCCCCCCUCGACACCCGCAUCAACACCAAAGGAGAAACCUGGCUUUUUCAGGCGCAUGUUUGGCGUCAGUUCGUCCAAGGGACCAGCGCAAACGACGAACUCGUCCGUAAACUCUAGCAUAUCCCACCAAGAUGCGUCCCCAGCCUCCGUACACAACCGCGCGACCGAUGUCAACUCGUUAUAUUCACAGGCCCGACCACAGACGACACCCAGCAGCUCUAACCAUAUCGCCUCGCAGCUCAAAGCACCUCCACCACCCCAGACAGCCAACUCGGCCCAGAGAGAGGCCCAGCCUCCACCUCCUGUUUUGGCGAAGAAGCAUUCCUCAUUCUUCAGGCGGAGGAAGAAGUCCAUCACUGACAGCUCACGACCGCCGCCCAUAAUGGCUAUGGAUUUCCAACCCCCGAAGCCCGUAGACCUCCCCGAUCGCCAGCCCAGUCCAGGUGUUAGCAGCCUACGCAAGGUCAUGAACCCAUACUUAAACGAUCCUUCGAGCCCUACGAAAUACCAGGGAGCCCGACAGCAGCAGGUGGAUGUGGAUGAGGACCUGACUAGCGGUGUGCAUCUGAGUGGCUUCUCGCCUGGCUACAAACCUCAUAAAGAUGCAACGGUCCGCUCCGUGAAACCGAACUCGCGUGACACGAACGAGACUCCACCCUCAUCGAGAGGCGAGCAAUUGAAAACGGCGCAUGCCGCCAGCAACAGCAGCCCCAAGCUGAAGUUGAAGAUGAAGCACGCUGGUGGUAGGACAACGCUCGCUAACUCGCACGAAGACACCUUCCUUGCAGAUAGCAGCAGCUGCAAUGAGGACUACGGCGGUCGUGCAACGCCAUCAGGCGAGAAGCAGGCAGACUUGCUGGGCCCGCGUCCAGCAGAAUCCGGCACCGAUAAUGCUAGGAUUCAACAUUCUGUGUCACACUCUGCAUCAGAAGCCGAGGACGAAGGAUGGGUGAUCACGACACCACCCAAGAAAGAGCAGGCAUCGGUAAGAAAGGCAGCAGGAAAAUCCCAGCGUGUGUGGCUAGAGCCUACGUCGUCCGAAGAAGACCUCAAAGCCACGGCGCGAAAUGGUGCAGACAGGAAGGAGUCACAUGUCGACGGAUUAGAUGGAAAUGACCGUGGUGCUACUACCACCGAGCGCCUCUCGCUACCUUUGGAAGGUGCACGAACAUCGCAAAAGUCGUUAGAGAAGUCGUCGGUAGAGAAGGCGUCGCCCACGUCGGCACAAGCGGAAACUCCAUCGACAGCGAAUGACGAAGUUUUCCACUCAGCAUCCAGUCUGCCCGUCGUCCAGGUCGAAAGUCGCGAAUCCGACGGCAUGCCUGCGAUCGUAGAGCAGACGACGUUCCUCGAAGAACGCCCCACGGAUGCUGACCGACAGCGUGCAUUCGACAUCUUCACCGGCGCAGACCCGGCCGUGCAGAAGGGCCAGGCGGCUGCCGUUUUGGGAGAUAUGACCCUAACAAGUUCCCGCGUUAGGAAGGCAUACAUGGAGCUGUUCGACUGGACCGGCUUCAACAUCCUCGCUGCCAUGAGGGACCUAUGCGGGAAGCUCACCCUCAAGGCAGAAACACAGCAAGUCGACCGUAUUCUGAUGAGCCUCUCAGAGCGGUGGUGCGAGUGCAACGUCAACCACGGCUUCAAGGCAGCCGAUGUCGUUCACACCAUUUGCUACUCCGUACUACUGCUCAACACCGAUCUGCACCUUGCAGAUAUUGAGUCUCGUAUGACUCGCAACCAGUUCGUCAAGAACACAUUGCCGACGGUGGUUCGUGUCUGCAAGGAGGCCAUCAAGGACGCUGGGGAGGAAACUCUAAGGCCACAGUCGACACAAUUCAGGAGGGGAUCGAUUCCCUGGAACGACAAAUCCGAACCGAAUUCACCUUCUGCUGAUGUGUCUAGCUUUGGCAUAGAAGAAGAACCUCUUGAAGGCAGGAGAGCACGGAGUCGCCUUUCGGUAAAGCCGCCAAUGCGCUCUGGAUCCGACGGCCCAGGAGUGGACUCUGCCUCCGCUGAGUGCAAUGUCCUCGUUAACUCCCCUCAUAACGCCUCCAUGAAGGCAUGGGAAAUGCAGAUCGAGACAGUCCUCAAGGAGUUUUACAACUCGAUUCGCCAACAGAGAUUGCCCCUGCACGGUGCAUCGAACCUACAAGUUCACGAGCAGCCAUCAUCGAACAACCUGUCCGUGAGCGGGUUGCUGCGUCGCACUCCUAGCGUACUAAGCAAAGCACCUUCUGACAACAUCAGCUACCGCGGCAGGUCUCAAACCGACUUUAGAAGCGUCGGCAACCGCUGGCAAUCCAAGACACGAUCUAGGCCGAGACUGUAUCCCAACUCGACAGUUGCAUCCAGUCGAACUAGUUUGGAUGAUACAUCUGUGUGGUCACCUGCAGGAUCGAGCACAUGGAGCAAAUACUCCUUCGGAAAGACGCAAACAUCAAUGUCGGUGGAUUCCCUAGGCUCACAUUUUGCCCAUGGGGAUUACCAACAGGCCAUUGGUUUCGCCAAUGCCUUGAGCCAGGCCAUCAUUCGUGAGGAAGGCAUGACGAUAGCCAGCCACGAAGAAUUCGCCCGUGUUGCUCCGUUGCUGGAGGACGAAACACUAGAACUGGUUGGCGCUCCAUGGGCCAAAGAAGGCAUACUUAAACACAAGCACCACUUGGAGGCAUUGGACAAAAAGGCAAAGGAUCGUACCUGGAACGAAUGCUUUGCGGUUGUCGAGAAAGGCUACAUGCGCCUCUUCUCAUUCAGCGCGAAUUCGAAAUCCAUGCGAAUCAAGAAUAAGUCACGACCUUCGACAGGCGGUGUUGUUGGAGGUGGAAACUGGAUGGACAACGCGGAAGCCUUAGAUAGCUUCCCGCUCAGGCAGUCCAUCGCGAGUGCCUUGCCUCCACCGGGGUAUUCGAAGUCUCGACCUCACGUCUGGGCGCUGUCUCUACCCACCGGUGCCGUCCAUCUCUUCCAGGUCGGUACGCCAGACAUUGUCCGAGAAUUCGUGUCUACGGCGAACUACUGGUCCGCGAGAUUGUCCAAGGAACCCCUCAUGGGCGGUGUUAGCAGCAUGGAGUAUGGAUGGGGUGAGAAUGUUAUCAACACUGCCCUCAUCCGUCAAGACAGCACUCCGUCUACGCAGGGGCACGCUCACAGGCCCAGUAUGGCUAGCUCUCUUCGCAGCUCUGUAGAUCACGCAACAGGCACCGUCAAAGCUCGACUUCCUGGCGACAAGGCCAACCUGCACGAUUGGAGUCCCCCCACGCAGAGCAUGAUGGCAAGCAACCUUAUGGAGGUUGACCAGCUGAGAGCUCUCACGGAUUAUGUUAAGAAUGUUGAGGCCGAGUUGUCGCGUCACAACGAACUGAGAGCACCCAUGCUCAUUGCCUUCUCUCCUCGACACCCCAAUGCUGCCAAAGCAAUGGCAAACUGGGAGCGCAAGUCGUCUUACUUGCUUCGGGAGAUCGUCAAAUUCCGGACCUACAUCGACUCGCUGUCCGCAGCACAGACGCAUAAAGACAAGAUCUAUGCUGAGCGUGAUGCGGAAACAGCUCGGGAGGAGGCCGAAGAGGAGGCAGCACGAUUGGCGCAUGCAGCAACGGCAGAGACUGACGGUGGGGAUGAAGUCCACGCAGCUUCCCAGUCCCAAUCCCAGUCCCAGCCGAUCUCUGCCUAAGCCAUUCCGUGUUGUGUUCUAUACUGACUAUGUGAUCAUGGGUA